AUGAAAGGCAAAAAGCCUAUUUUUAUUAAUUUAGUUAACGAAAACGAUGAAGGAAAUGAUGAUACGAUUCAACAGAAUAAGAGAAAUAAUGACCAAUCGACUCAACAAAAUGAGAGAAAUAAUGAUUCCAAUAAAUCCACUUUACAAAUGCAGAUUGAGGAGUUAACUCGCCUGCUUAAGUCUGUUACGAAAGAAAAGCAGAAGAUAACUGAUCCAAAAGAAAAUAUUAUUGACUGGUCUAACGUGGAUCUGGAAAUUCAAGAAGAAGAUGAUCAGGCCAGAGAAGAUGAAAAUCAAGAAGUUGUUGACGAAAAUCAAGAAGAAGUUAAAGAAAAUCAAGAAGAAGUUGAUGAAAAUCAGAAAGACGAAGAAGAGGAUCAGAAUAAAAAUAAAAGAGGUGUUAGUAUUGUUUCCUCUGAAUAUGAUAGUAUCAGCAGCGAAUAG